AUGAAGUUUCAGCCCCAAGAGAUCCCCCUGGGGUCGCCGCCUUUCUUUCAAGAUGAGGCCAACCGGACUUGGGUGCCCCUAUACAGCCAUCCCUGCUCCUUUGGGCCCGACAUCUUUGUGGACAAGAUGAUGAAUCUCAUCAAGAAUCCAAACCUCAACUCGAGCUGGCUGUUCCGGGCCGACAUUCUGUACGACCAGGCCAAGACGACUAGCAACACCAACAGCAUCAGCAGCAGUAGUGCCACCGCCGAUAUCCGCGGCAUGACCCUUGAGCGCACCCUCGUCCGCAGACUCAUCCCCAGAAACGAGCGGAGAGACAAGCCCCUGGAGCAGACAUGCUCCUUUUUCACGACCAAGAGACCCCAAGAUGGAGACGACAUAAAUUCCGCGGCACCUGCGUCCGGAUCUGAAUCUGGAUCUGGAUCUGGAUCCGAACCCAGAUCUCCGUCUCCAUCCACGCUCGUCAUAUAUAUGCCCCAUUCGUCCUCCGCAGGCAGUCUCCCGUUCUACCAUCCCAAGGUCCAGGGUAUCGCACAUCUUCAUCAGUGGGAUGAGUCAGGCAAAGGCACCAUAUCCAUUCACUUCCUCCCCUAUCCGGAACAUCCCUUGAGCGACGCGAGGCUACAGCGAACAGCCUAUCAUCUUCUCGAAAUCAUCGACAAGCACGGCCAUGGCGUUGCGGAGGGUUAUGUGAAGAGAGUCAAUCAUGAUUUGGUCAUCCCCCAGGAUAGAUUUCAGAACCGGUACGCACUUCUCAAGAGCAAGUAUGCUCGUCAACUCGUCGACUCAUGGGCCGAAAAGACAGACCCGUCCAAGCACGUCUUUGAAGACUUGGGGAUAGCCGCUUUUCUGAUCGAGCUAUGGAGCGACAUGUAUCCCAAAGAAACUGCUGCCUUCCCGGGCUUCGUCGAUAUUGGCUGCGGAAACGGCCUGCUGGUCUACCUGCUAACACAGGAGGGCUACUCUGGCUGGGGCUUUGACGCGAGAGAGCGCAAGUCGUGGGCUCAGUACCGAACGGGGGGCCAGGCCUCCCCCUCUGGCUCGUCUCUGGAAGAGCGACUGCUGCUCCCAGCCAUCGUCUCAAGAAGCGGUCAGGGGCAAGCCAAUGCCAAUGCCCAAGGCAAACAAGGCGGCCAAGGCAACCGAAACAACAAACCAGCUGACCCAUCCGAGGGCGUCGUACAUGAUGGAGUCUUCCCGCCGGGCACAUUCAUCAUAUCCAACCACGCCGACGAGCUGACGCCCUGGACGCCGAUUCUUGCCGCCUGCUCCAGGUGUCCCUUUAUCAUGAUCCCCUGUUGCAGCCACAACCUCACCGGGGACAAGUUCCGUGCACCCCCUCCCCAGGACAAGACCAAAGCCAAGUCGACGUAUGCGUCGCUAGUCGACUGGGUUUCCAGGAUUGCGCAAGAUUGCGGCUGGAAGGUCGAGACCGAGAUGCUGCGAAUCCCUAGCACCAGAAACACUUGUCUCUUGGGGAGGGCCCGCACGCGAGAGGUGCCAGAGGCCGAUGUUGAAACUCUCAUCGCAAAGUACGGCGGCACGGGUGGAUACUACGAAAACGUGGCCAAGCUCAUCAAGUCUGGCCCAAGAGGUCACUAA